AAGCAGCAGUAGAGUAUUCUGUGAGGCUGCAGCAGACUAGAGAUAAAGCUCUUUUUUCCGCCAGCGCCUGCCAGCGAGAGCAGAGGAGCUACCCAGCAACUGAGAGAGAGGACACAGGCAACCUGUUAUUACCGGAGCCCCUGGCUUUCUCCAUCACCCGCAGGCCUCUCCAGUCACAGCAAGGAUAUUGAGACACGUAUGCUUUAAUGUUAGGUUCAGAAUUGCUGAACCUUGUAAGCGCACUCAUACUCAUGACAUACGUUUUUGUUCGCACCCAGUGGUUGUGCAAAGGGGAGCACCGUGUCAAUCGGAUCAAUUCAGCCAUGCUCGACUGAUGGAGCUGCGCUUUUUUCAACACGCACAAGGCGACCGGUUUGAGGAUAGCGGUGCAGCUUCAGGUGGGGGAGAACUCCUGGAUUUUUCGUUUCCUCUUCUCAUUCAGCAGCCAUAGCCGGCCACCAGCCCAGCCCUGUCCUGGCGGUGCUCUAAUUAGAUUCCAUAGCCAGAGGAAAAUCGGCAACAUCAGGGAGCGGCACCUUGACUUGUUUCUCGUUUCCUGGGACAUACGCUGUUUAAACGCAGAAAGAAGAUGGGAUGGACUGAAACUGCGACCGUCAUAAGUGUGAUUGGACUAUGUGCUUAACGGCACCCAGCGGUGUCAGCAGGAAGAAAGUGGUUAUUGAAUUUUACAUCCUGAAGGUGAGGUCCUCACUCACAGCAGUUCCCGUCUUAUGUGUUGAUUCAAAUGUGCUGGCGUCAGGGUAUGGGAUGCCAGUUCCCGUAGCAGCGGAGACGACACACUUUGUACCUAACCCCUCCCAUUCAUUCUCUUCAAUGUCUGGAAACUUGUUUUAAUGGAGCUAACAUACACCGGAGCUGCAUACACAGCCACAGGUGUGAUGCCAAGACUAAACAUCACCUGAUUAGGUGACGAUGGGAACAUGAGACGCUAAGCACUGUUUGGCUGUGACUAAAUUGUGCAUAGACCGGAGGAUUGCCUGACUGUGCACUUUUGUCCAUUAGCAGCUGAUCUGGGACCUGUCAUAAAGCUGUACCAUAAACACAUUCCCACAGGAUGACUAACACUACAACGUCUUCACUUUACUGCCCUAACUGAUGUUAGCACUAUGGAGUGUGUUUAUCAAUAAUGUAUGCUAAAGAAAUCUGCAGAGGCACGGUUUUCUGGAUGUCUUAUGAUACAAACAGAGGAAUAUAUGUUGUUUCCGGACUGUGGACGUGUGUGAGAUGAGGACUGCCGACCUUGUUGUGACAGGGAUGUGUCCUGAGAUGUUGAGUGUGUGCGUGCAACUCAAAACAACAGUGUAUGUCUGCAUUGCAGUUCAGUCUUGGUUCUCAGCAUGAGGAAUAUCAGAGAUAUGGGGAGCUCUUUUGGUUGUGUUAAACAACCCAGGGAUUCUGGGCCAGGUGGUGCUGCACCACUGCCACCCAAGAAAAGACUCAGAUUUAGGCGAAAACGAAAGGCCAAACACAAGUUAAAAGGAGCGGAAGGGGAGGACAAGAGAAGCCGUGCCUUUGAAGAAUAUGAAGGUGGAAGUAUUGAUCUUACUAAGCAGGCCCCCAAAUCUGGAGUUUCCGAAAGUGAAACGCCUACCAACUUAGUCCUCGUCCCUGGGAUGGCCCCUAUAUUUGGAAGCACAGGGACAUUGCGGGGCAGCAAGAUGGCCAUUUUAUCCCCAUAUCCCAGUCCUGCGUGGAUGGGAGCUCUUGAGGUAGAAAGAUUCGGUGAAGAGCCUCAAGAGCAAGUAAACACAACUCCUGGAGGAGGCAGAGUCUGCAGGGUACGGGAGCGUGUGCAGGGGGUAUUAGAGAGGCCGUGCCUUUUACGCUCCAAACGUGAAGAUUUGGAAAUGGAGGAAGAGGAGAAUAUUCAUGGGCGAAGUGAACUGAUGUUUGAAGACCCUGAAUCUGAGAAAAAGGGAGUGGUUCACAUACGCGAAUUUGGAGGACAACUUUGUGUGGUCCGCACUGUCUACCCAAGAGAAUACGGGUCGCCUGUGUGGCGUGACAAAGAACUCGAAAUCCAUUUGGAACCUCCAGCUGCGUCUCCUGUUUCAGGGGAUAUCACGAAAAUUCAAGUGUCCACAAAUCGAGGUCGACCAACCGCAACAGCAGCAGCUCCAACAAAAAAAGGGAAUGAUUUCCUAUUGGACAACACCAUUCAAAUGACCGAUGGUUUUGGCCGUCCAACGCAAGACCCUCAGUCUUCAGGUUAUGCUAGCGAUGUGCCUCUUACCUCGCCCGAGGCAGGAGCAGCCAUUCAGACUGACUGGGGGAGUUCCUCUGAAGUUCUUGAUACUUCUGUGCUGGAGAGUCCCAUCUCCCCACAAGAGAAACCAGCUCAGCGUCCCACCCAGAUCUCCGAGAUCUAUGUAAGUGGUGAAUCAAGUGACCUCACGGCGAAAGAGAAACUGUUAAUAUGGAGUCGACAAGCCACCGAGGGCUAUCCUGGUCUGCGCUGCUUCAAUUUCUCCUCCAGCUGGAGCGAUGGACGCUUAUUCAAUGCUCUUCUGCACAGAUACAGGCCGGACCUGAUUGACAUGGAUGUGGUCGCGCAACAGAGUAACCAUGAGAACCUUGAACAGGCCUUUGAGAUUGCCGAGUCUUUAGGGGUAACACGACUUCUAGACUCUGAAGAUGUGGAUGUGCCAUCGCCCGACGAGAAGUCUGUCAUCACGUACGUCUCAUCCAUCUACGAUGCUUUCCCCAAGAUCCCGGAGGGUGGAGAAGGCAUUUCAGCACAUGACGUUGGCCAGCGAUGGGCAGAGUACCAGUCUGGCUUCUCAUCUCUGCUGCAGUGGACCAGGCAACACACGGCCCUCAUGGCCAACAGGCUCUUCCCCCACAAUCCUGUGGAACUCAAGGCACUUUACAAUGAAUAUGUCCACUUCAAGGAGACAGAGAUCCCUGCCAAAGAGGGAGAGAAGACCCAAAUUGAGCACCUCUACAAGCUUCUGGAGGCUUGGAUAGAAUUUGGGCGUAUCAAGCUGCCCCAAGGGCUACAUCCCAACGACCUGGAGGAGGAAUGGGGAAAACUGAUCCUGGAGAUGCUGGAGAGAGAGAAGGCAAUGAGACCCGCCGUGGACAGGCUGGAGUUACUCCUGCAAAUGGCCAAUAAGAUUCAGAACAUGGCUCUGGAUUGUGAGGAGAAAUUAACGUUGGCCAAAAACACUCUGCAGGCUGACGUGUCUCAGCUGGAGAACGGGCAGCCUGUGAGAUGUGAGAAUGAAAUGGGAAUUUAUCUGCAGGACUGUGAAGGUCUGGUCAGACAGCUUCACGUUGACCUGCAGGUCCUCAGAGAUGAGAAAUACUACCAAGUUGAACAGCUGGCAUUCAGGGUAUCAUGUCUGCAGGAGGAGCUGGUCUCCCUGCGCCUGCAGUGUGCCAGCGUGUACAGGAGGGGUCAUUUCUCCACAGGAGGUCUGCUGGGAGAGCACGCCGGUCAGAAGGGGUCUGUAGGGGGUCUCGCCACACUGGGAGCACAGACACUGCUGGGGGCGGCGGGCGCUGUGGCGUCGCUGCUCAGACGGCCCAUGUCUCGCGCAGACCUGGUUGCCAUGUCGUCUUCAGAAGAUGAAGGAAGCCUGCGCUUCAUUUACGAGCUGCUGGGUUGGGUGGAAGAGUCGCAGGAUCUGUUGGAGCGGGCGGAGUGGGGUUCAGACCUGCCAUCUGUAGAACAACAUCUGCAGGAUCACAAUAUCAUUCACAAAGCAGUGGAGGAUCUUCUGGGUAGCCUCAAAGAGGCUCGAAAUUAUGAGUCAAGGGUCUCAACCAGUCUACGUAGCAGUUACUCUGAGACUACGUCCAAGCUGGAGAACCAGUAUUGCAAACUGCUGGAACAUUCGUCAUGGCGACUGCGUUGCCUGGAGAGCCUUCGAGCUUUCGUGUCCCACUGCACUGAGGAGCUGAUCUGGCUCAAUGAGAGGGAGGAGGAGGAGCUGGCCUUCGACUGGAGCGAUAGCAACACCAACAUGGCUGCCAAAAAAGAACAAUAUGCUGAAAUGAGGUCAGAGCUGGAGGAGAAACAGGAAGUGAUGCUCUCCCUCCAGGAGACUGCUGAUCAUCUGCGUCAAGAGAACCAUCCAGCCAAACAAACAGUUGAGGCUUACAGUGCUGCCCUUCAGACGCAGUGGCAGUGGGUGAAAGAGCUUUGCGUAUGUGUGGAGCAACAUCUCAAGGACAACACUUCUUACUUUCAGUUCAUGAGUGAUGCGCGGGAGUGUGAAAGCUACCUACGCCAGCUUCAAGACACCAUUAAGAGACAAUACACUUGUGAUAAAAACAGCAGACUCGGCAGAUUAGAAGACCUGCUGCAGGACUCAAUGGAGGAGAAAGAACAACUGAUUGAAUACCGCAGUACAGUGGCCAGUCUUGUAGGCCGGGCCAAGUCUGUGGUCCAGCUCCGCCCACGUAGCGCUGAUAGUAACCUGGGCACCACCACGCCCAUUCGUGCCAUCUGUGACUACCAGCAAAUCGAGAUCACCAUCGGUAAAGGAGAGGAGUGUGUAUUGGAGGAUAACUCUCAGAGGACUAAGUGGAAGGUCAUCAGUCCCACAGGAAAUGAGGCCAUGGUGCCGUCCGUAUGUUUCAGCAUCCCUCCACCCAAUCAGGAGGCCAUUGACACUGCCAGCCGGAUGGAGCAGAUGUAUCAGAACGUCAUGUCUCUUUGGCACCAGCUACAUGUUAACAUGAAGAGCGUCGUUUCCUGGCACUACCUGCAGAAAGACACACAAAACGUAUCCUCCUGGAGCUUAGACAAAAUGCGCUUGCAGACCCCAGCGGAGAGGCAGCAAGCUUUGGACAACCUGGACGCCCACCUUUCUGACUUCCUGACGGACAGUCGCGAGAGCUCCCUUUUCACGCCGGCUGAACGACGUGAGCUUGAGAUGGAAGCUGAGAACUGCCGUGAACAUUGUCAAACGCUGCUGGUUUCCUUGGAGACGGUGGAGAAGGACGAGUCAGUCUCUCGCGCCUAUCUCUCUGAGCUGCAGAGCAUCAAGUCGCACCUGGAGGAUGCGGAAAGCAGACUGAUGCGAGACAUACAGACGCCACAAUCCAGCGGUAUAUCUGGAGAUGUGGUAGACAGUGUGGUUCACAUUGCUGAGCAAGAGAAACUACAGCAGGAUCUGAAAGGUCUUCAGUCAGAUUUGGGUGAGGUGUCUCGCCGCUGCGUGACGUUUUUCGAGGAGAAACCCACCUCUUCUAGCGUUCCUGUUCUGCGCUCUGAGCUCAACCUGGCCGUGGAGCACAUCGAGAAACUCAACUCCCUCUCUUCUGUUUAUCUGCACAAAUUAAAGACAGUGGAUGUGGUGAUGAGAAGCCUGCAGGCAGCUGAAAGUCAAGUGAGAAAGUAUGAGAGUCGACUGAGCGAAGAGGAUAUCGUGCCUGCAGAUACUUCUGCGAUUCAGGCUUUGGGACAGCAGUUCAAGAAAUGGCAUUCUGAGCUUCAGGAGCAAGAUCCCAUCUUCCAGACUUUGAGUUUAGAGGUCCAGCGGGCUAAAGAGGCCGGAAACCAGCUCAGCCAGCUUCACACUGACCGUAGCCCUGAACUAGACCGGUAUCAGGAGAAAGCGCAACAGCUCACUGAGAGAUGGAGUGGAGUGCAGAGGCAAAUGGAGACACGGCAAGCGGAUCUAGAGAUGCUGGGCUCAGUGUUGCAGCAGUACAGAGAAGGACACGACUCUCUCAUCCGCUGGAUAGAGGAGACCACGGAAAUGCAGGAGAACACGAAGCCCGAGCAGACGGACAGCAGAGCUCUGUCAGAGCAGCUCGCACAGCAAACGGCCUUGGUGGCUGAGAUCGAACAGAACCAGACCAAACUGGAUGAGUGUCAGACACACUCUAAACAUUACUGCGGUGCAGUCAAGGACUAUGAGCUCCAGCUUAUGACAUUUAGAGCUUUCGUGGAAUCGACCCAAAAAUCCCCCGUGAAAAGGAGGAGGAUGCACUCUUCAUCUGAUGUCAUCACACAUGAGUUCAUGGAUCUACGUACACGCUAUACAGCGCUGGUAACACUGACAACACAACAUGUCAAGUAUAUCAGUGAUGCACUACGACGGCUGGAGGAGGAAGAGAAAGAGGUAGAGGAGGAGAGGCAGGCACGGGUCGGGGAGGUCUCAGAGCUGCUCAGCUGGAUAAAAGGUGUGCAGGAUCGAGCGGGCAGAUCUACAGAGCCAUCACUUGCUGCACAGCAGGCCAUCAGUGAGCAGUUGGCAGCUAAGAAAGAGGAGGUUGCUGAAGCUAUCAGGAGCACACAAGUCUUCCUAAUGUCAAAGCAGGCCAGCAAGUUGUCCGCAGAAGAGCGUGCCCAGGUGGCUUCCCAGCUGGAUGAGCUGAAGGCCACCUACAGUCAACUGUGCGACAGCUCUGCUGCCCAGUUACAACAACUGGAGCAACAGUUGGCCAAAGAGGAGGAGCGCAAGGGCCAAGCAGUCAUCGUUGGAGUAAUUGACCUUGGAACGAUGGAAAUCUUUCCAGUUUUCCAAGCAGCCCAGCGUGGUCUCAUAGACCAGGACACCAGUCAUGUACUGCUGGAGGCACAGCUUGUCAUGGGUGGUCUAUUUCAGCCUGAUUCCUCUGAUAUCCUCUCCUUAGACAAGGCUCUUUCCGGUAGUUUGAUUGAUAAACAUACCCUCCAAUCGCUGGUUGAGUUAGAAACUGCGCUAUUUCUUGUCAACAAGGCACAAUUUACUGAGAGUCAAGUGUUACCAGUAGCUACUGCUAUGGAGGAAGGUGUCAUAAAGGAGCUGGUGGGUCUCCGUAUACUUGAACUACAGGCGAGCACCGGCGGUCUCAAGUUUUGUGGAGAAUUGGUCAGUGUGGAUAAUGCAAGACAGAAGGGAUUGCUAUCCGCCGCACUUUUCAACAAGUUGCAGUCCUGUCUUAACCAACGAGAACUUAUUGAUCCUAACACAGCAGAAAAGCUAAGCCUGGUUGACUUUUGUCAACGUUGUGUUGUCAAUCAUGAGACGGGUCUGCGGUUGUUUCCGGUUAAACAGAAACCAGGAGGAACCGUCUGCUUACGCUCUGGAAGAAAGGUUGGAAUAUUUUGUGCUGUUCAAGAAGGGCUCAUUGACCGACAUGUCACCAUUCGACUUCUGGAGGCUCAGUUGUUUGCGGGUGGGAUCGCUGACCCCCGAUCAGGACACAGAUUGACUGUGAAUGAAGCUGUGCGGCAUGGCCUGAUGGAUCAAGACCUGGCCUGCACCCUCAUGGUGCGACAGCUACAGGCAGGAGGAAUAAUAGAUCCGGUCAGCAGGGAACGUCUAAAGCUAGAUGAAGCCAUACAAAGAGACCUCAUCUCCCCUCGCAUAGCCUUGCGUGUGCUCGAGUCUUCCCAGUCUUUUGUAGCAAUAGUAUGGCCAGAAUCAGGAGAGAUGCUCCCUGUAAGUGAGGCGUUGCAGCAGGGUGCUGUCAAUAGAGAUUUUGUCCUGAAAGUCCUGAGCAGACGUCAUUCUGUCAGUGCAUUAUAUCUACCUGAGAGUGGGCAGGUGAUUCCUCUAGAUCAGGCCAAGGAGGUUCUUAAACCACAUGCACUGGGUGUCCUAAAACAGACUCAGGUUCCAGAUGUUCUGAGUUUGGGCUCCGCUUCCUCUUCGCCAUCACCUGCCUCACAUGCAGACAUCCAUUAUGACUCUUCUGUCACAGAGGAAAGCAGGUCAAAAGAGCAAGAUCAAAACAACCUUCUUACUCACAUAAUGACACACAGUUACAUUGAUGGUCACUCAGGAGAAAGACUUGUCCUGCUACAACAAGAAUUGGUUGAAUUGCUGUGUGAAAAUGUUCAAAUCUCAAACCUUGCAAGACCAGUGCAACAAGACAACCUCUGCAACGUUAUAGGAGACAGGAGGGCUGUGAUUAUGAUUCAAGAAGAUUUGAAAGAAAAUUUGUUGUUGUCAGAGGAGAAUGAUGAACUCAAGACAGAUGUCAGCAUGGGAGAGACUAUGGGAAGUGUCGAGAAAGAUCUUGCACUAUUGGCAGACACAGACAGGGCCCUUAAAGAGCCCUCACCUGAAGAUGACUGCCAAGAGAAAGUUCUGUUGGCAGAAAUGUAUGACAACCCCAAGAAUAAACAAGAUGAAACCACCAACAAGAACAUUGAAGUGAGGAAAACUUUAGGAAAAGUUGAGGAAAAUACUGCACCCUUGGCAGACACAGUCGUGAAACAGUCUUCACCUAAAAUGGACCAGCAAGAGAAGGUGUCAUCAGAUAAACAAAAGGAACCCAAGAUUCAAAAAUAUGACAUUUCCAGCACAAACACUGACAUUGAAGAGUCAAUAAAAAGAAAAGAGGAAGCUGUUCCAUACCUCAUGUGCAAAGAAAGAGCCUUUAUAGAUCGUUCACAUAAAGAGAACCGGCAAGAGAAUGUUAUGUCAUCAGGAGAAUGUGAAGAAAUCAAGAAUAUAAGACAGGAAAUUGCCUAUGUAAACACUGAUAUGGAGAAGAGCAAAAGACUGGAAAUUUCCAGGGAAAAUGUUGAUAUAGGAGAGAUGAUUAAAAGAGAAGACAGUCACCUUGCAGCCUUGUCAAGCAAAGACCAAAGCUUUAAAGAGUCUUCAUCUAAAGCGGUUGAGCCGGGGGUAGAAGUUCUGUCAACAGGGCAAUAUAAACAACCCAUAACUAUUGAAGAUAAAACGGUCUGCAGGAACACAGAGGAGAGACAUAGUGUAGAAAAAGUCGAAAAAGAUAUCACACCUUUGACAUGCACAGACAGAGAAAUGACUAGCAAGAUUACUGUUACCGAGAAGUUUGCAGUAGAAAAAGGGGAAGAUUUUUCACCUUUGGGGAGCACAGACAGCAUAUUGAUAGAACCAUCACAUCAAGUAGACUGGAAAGAGAAAGUUCUGUUAUCAGGAGAAUGUGAAGAUCCUAAAAAUCAAAGAGAGAAAGUUUCCAUGAAAACAACUGAUAUGAGAGAGACUGUUGAAAGAGCAGAGGAAGAUUUUUCAAACUUGGCGAGCACAGACAGCAUCUUUAUAGAACCAUCACAUCAAAUGGGCUGGCAAAAUAAAGUUCUGUUUUCAGGAGAAUAUGAAGAGCCAAAAAAUCAGAGAGCAAACGUUUCUAGGACAAGCACUGAUAUAAGAGAUACUGUUGAAAUAGCAGAGGAAGAUCUUCCACCCAUGGAAAGCACAGACACCAUCUUUUUAGACCCUUCACUUGAAGGGGACUGGAAAGUAAAAGUUAAAUAUGAAGAACCCAAAAUUAUGAAAGAUGAAAUUUCCUGCAAGACCACAGAUUUGAGAGAGAAUACAGGAAGAGCAGAAGAAGAUCUUGUACCCUUGACAGGCACAGACAGAGCUUUAACUGAACCUUCAUACAAGGAUGACUGGCAAGAGAAAGUUUUGACAUUAGGUGAAUAUGAACAACCCAAGAUGAAAAAAGAUGAAACUGCAUACAAGAACACUGAUAUGGGGGAGUCUAUAGAAAGAGCAAAGGAAGAUGUUGCACCCUUGACAGAGACCGGUACAGCUUCUCUAGUGAGACCAUCCCUAGUAAAGACUAUAUCAGAGAAUGGGACAUCUCAAAAUAAGAGUUCAAAUUCAACACUCAAUAAAUCUAAAAAUAAGGAAAGUCUCAAGAUGAAGCCAAAUGAAAGUGGAAAUGCUAUGGAGAUGACUGAUCAAAAAUUGCUUGAAAUGAGUGAAGGCAGUCCACAUGCUUCAUUCCUUGACACUGUAAAAACAAGACAAUAUGACCCAUCAGAGAUGAAGAUGCCAAGUGAUGAUGUGAAGCUUGAGUAUAUGGCUAUGGAAUUGCAACAAGAUGGUCUUUUAACUGUAGGUGGCCAGAAAGUUCUCUUGAAUGAGGCAGUGGCCCAAGGUUUGCUUCCAGGUCACACCGCUGUGAGGCUUAUGGCAAAAGCUGGUCUUUUUGGUGGUUUCUUGGAUGCUCAUGCCUGCAGGCCACUAAGUGUUAAGGAUGUAAUGCAGGAAGGCCUGUUGGAUAAGGACAUGAUGUCUAAUGUGCUUCGUUCAGAAAGGAUUUUAGCAGGUGUGGUAGAUGUGGAGCAUGGUCGGAUCUGCUCAAUAAGGGAUGCUGCUGAUGCAGGCCUGUUGGACUCAAAUUCUGCAGCUCGUCUUCUUGAAGCCCAGGUUGUGUCAGGGGGAAUAGUCGACCUGCGAAGAGAUAAGAAGGUAUCGGUUACUCUUGCGGCCAAUCUUGGAUUGAUCGAGGAGAGUGGGAAGGAGGAGCUUCUCGCACUAGAAAAGUCUUGCCGUGGAAAAGGUUCUAAUCCAAAUGCAAUGCGCACCAAGUUGCAACUACAGCUUCAGAUGAAGGGUGUAGUGGACCCAAAAACUAAAACCGUUGUGUCUCUUGAAGAAGCCCUUCAGAAAGGCAUAAUUAGACAGGAAGAUUCUGAGCAGAUUUUCUGCCAGCAGGUUGCAGAAGGUGGCAUUGUGCAUCCAGGCUCUGGCGCUCGCCUCCGUGUUGUGGAUGCGCACGAACAAGCUCUCGUCAGUAACACAAUUGUUCCAAAGUUAGAGAAACUUGAAAAAUGUUUCAAGAGCAAAGAACAAUUGCGUUUGGAUCCAUAUGCUACACUUCUCCAGGCAUCUGUAGGCUCUAUUUAUGAUAAUGCAUCCAAAACAAGGCUUACUUUAACCAAAGCUGUCUCCAAAGGCCUAAUAGAUGAAAAAACAGCAAAAGAAGCCAUGACCUCGCCCAAUGUGAAAAGUGGUUUGUUGGACCCUCAUAACACUCAUAUUGUACCCUACUCCGAGAUGAUAUGCCAGGGUAAAAUUGACAUUGAGACAGGGCAGAGGUUCCUCGAAGUGAGACCGUUCACGGGCGUUCCAAAUGAACAUACGAAUGAAAUUAUGACGUUACCACAGGCAAUUAAGACAGGACAAGUGGAUCCCGUACCCGCACUGAGAGUACUGCAGAGUCAAGCUGAUACAGGUGGUAUCAUUGAUAUUCACAGUGGAGAGCGUUUGUCACUUCCAGAGGCUGUUAAUAAAGGCUUUGUUGAUGAAGAUAUGGCUGAAUGUAUUGCUAUAAAUCAAGUCUUGAAAGGUGGGUUGCUUGAUCCAGCAACUGGUCACAGGGUCUCCAGCAUUACUGAGGCAAUUCAGCGAGGGCUGAUAUCUAAAGAAAUGGCUGAAGAGAUUCAUGAGAGCAAAGAUGAGAAGAAAUCAACAAACUCGACAAAUAAAACAACUUGUUCAUCCCUUCCUCAGGUGGUAUCAGGUCAGGUUAGCCCUCAUAAAAGAACACCUGAGAUAAAUGUAGCAAGUACACCAUUACCAUCUCUAAAAGGGGCUGAAAUAAAAAGUGCUGAUCUUCUGAAAAAAGACAAGCUUGAAAUAACCUCAAGUGUCGAUGCUUCCGAGCACUCUCCUGAUUCUCAAAGCAAAGUGCUCGAUGCAGGCUUAUCACAUGAAAUUGUGAAGCAGAAGAGCCCUGACACAUCAUUAGAGAUCCUUACUCAAUUUACUUUAAAAGCAGAAAAAAGGCUUAAGCAGGCCAUUGAUGAGGUAAAGCCUUCAAAAUCCAAAGGCAUCAAAUCAAUUCAGCAAAGCCCUGAACAGUUUUCCAAGAUGUCUGAGAUUAAAUGGCAAGAGGUGGCCAAAGACGACUUGGCACAUUCGCUAGACCACACCGGAGAAAUAGAGAUCCAGAGACAGAUAGCAAAUGAAAGUGCUAUCUCUAAGACCAUACUGUCAAACACCAUAGAUGACUUAAAAGAACAAAGCUUUCAUGCAGAGCAAACAGAAAGACAAACCAAGAUUCAGAUGCAGACAGUAAAUGAAAGUGCAGGCCCAGAAAACAUUUUGUCUGCGACCACAGAUAACUUGGAACCCAAAGAACAAGCUCCAUAUACAAAGCAAGUAGAAGUGCAUAGUUUCAAGGUAAAAACACAUCAGUCAGGGUGUGAAACGGAGGCAAACCAGGACAACCAGGAGACUAGAUUGGAUGUGAGUGCUUCCACUCCCACAAAGACAGUUGGAAAGGUACCAGGAAAGAAGAAAGAUAGAGGGAAAAAUAGCAAGCAAGCUAAAAUGGAAAACGAAAGUAAAGUGAAGCAAGUUCCAUCUGAGGUUUCUCAAACUAUAGUUCCACCAAACAUCGAGGUUAGUGAAAAAGAUACUCUUACCACUGGUCAGAAGGUAAAGGAUGAUAAAGUAAAGAAGGACAUCAGAGUAGAGUUGUCAAAGAUGCCUCAAACAAGUGGUAGCUUUGAACCUGUGUCGGUGAAGGGUGGAAAUGUUCAAGUCAAAGCUUUGGAAAUGAACACUGCCACAACUGCUAAUGGAACAGAGACCCCCAAACAAGAGUCUGAUAAUCUGCAGUUUAAUGUAAGCAAUGCAGUGCAAAAAGAGAAGGCUCAAACACAGCUCAGCACCACAACAUCUGUGGCAAAAACUGAGCACGAACAAGAAGCUGUUGAUACCCCUAAGGAUCUUGGCCCAGAACAAGAAAAGAAAAAGAAGAAGAAACAUAAAAGUAAAAAAGCUAAGCAAAUGGUUGUUGUUGAAGCAGGAGGAGAAAGGGAUGAUGAUCCUGAGAUAGAACAGAAGACAGUGAUUCAAGAGGUCCAGUCUCAAAGCAAUCAAUUAAAGGAGAAUGAAAAUGAAAUGCAAGAGAACGUCAGCCAAGCAAUGACACAGAAAGAAGUACUUUUGAUGAAGGCUAAGGAAAGCAUUCUUAGGAAGGUGUUUGAGCGAGGGGUGAGUGAAAAACAAGCUGCUGAGGAAUUAGAAGCGAUGCGGCAAGGCGCAAGUGGUGAAGAAUUGCGCAUGAUGUCCAAAGAUGAAUCCGUUCAGAACAAGAAAAGCCGUAAGCCUUUUCAAAGUAAGAUGGAGGAUGAUGAAUUACACCAGACUCAGCCAGAAACAAAGGAUGAAGGGGCAGUGCCAAAGAUGAGGGAGAAACUUCUACCUGGGUCUGAUUCUCAUGCAUGUACAGUUCAAGAACAGAUUCAUGAACAGAAGGAUGUUCAACAUGAUAAUCGUACAAACACACAAUUGAGCGGUGGUGAGAGAAAUUCACAAAUUUCAUUGACCGAGGCUUCAGAUGAAGAUAUAGACAUAAACCAGCAAAGACCAGUUUCAGUACAGAAUUUAGAUGUGCAAGGAAGUGAUAGAGGAGCAGAAGAACAAAGUAUGGAGACAUUAGAUGAAAAGACAGAAGUUGGGAAGUUGUUAGAUACAAUGCCUGAAUUGGCCUUAUCAUCAAACACUUCAGUGACUGACAGACAUGAAGACGUAAAAUCAAUAGCCUACGAAAGUGUCCCUGACAUGCCAACAACAAAGGACUCUGAAGACCUGCAAACUACCAAAACACCAACAGACAAAGUCAGAAAUGAGCCUCAGCCAGACAGAGAUGAAGAGUUCAAUUUCGGUGAUUAUGAUGCCUCAUUUGAACCUUCCAUCCAAGAAUCAAAACAAUCUAGACUUUCCCUUAUUGAGGAGAUCCCACAGCUUGACACCACAAAGAACAAAGGUGUGAAAGAACAUGCAGAAAGUUUAACGGAAGAGCAGUCUGAAGAAAUUCAAAUAGAAACUGAACACUUGAACAUGGAAUCUACAAAGUCUACAAAUUCCUCACUAGCUCGUCAGGAGUGCUUAGAACAUGACCAACAGAUUGUGGCCCUGCUCUCCAUGAUCAGACACAUUGAGGUCCGUCUAAAACAGCAGCAGCAACAGUCUGUUGGACGGAGUCUCAUCGCACUUGAUGACAUUAUCAAACAGACGGAGAUUCUUGGGUUGGAAAUUAGUGACCUAGAACCAGAAGUGUACAAGGAGACUGACGCAGCCAAGCAUCUGCUGAACUCUAUCCCUCAGGAUGUCCCACCUCAGUUGCUUAUGGCCUUAGAGAAAGACGAGCGAAGCUUAUCUCGAGGAUGCAGUGCAGCCAAAGACCUUGCCCAAAAUAUUUUGCAGGGGUUGCAAGCACAGCGAGAGGCACAAAAAGAAACUGUAAAUAGCCAGCUAAGAGCUUUAGAAGAGCAAGUUGACAUCCUUCUCAGCUGGCUUAAGAAGACUGAGGCUCAAAUGGAGGAAGGAACUGGGGAAGAUGAGCAGACAGCCAAAGAUGAAAGCAUUUCUGAUAAGAUCAUUCAGAAGCAACAGCUGUGCGAGGAUUUACAGAAUUCCUUUACAGCCCGAUCCAAUGAAGUCAGCGCUGUGGCGUUCAAUAUUCAGGUGUUUAUCUCUGAGCAUGCUCAGGACUUGUUGCCUGAUCAGAGCAGGCAUCUCCUCGGACACCUGGAGCAGCUACAGAAGGUCUUCCAUCAGGCUGUCGGUCACACUCAUGCCAGAGCACAGGCACUGUCAGCCCAGCUGGUGAGAGAGAAGGAACGCAUGAGGAAAGAACAAAACGAAAAAGAAGAGAAACUGGAGAAAGAGAGACAGACGACAAGGGAUAGAGAGGUUGUGCAGCAGCAGAAGGCAGAAUGCUCUCAAAAACUGGAGAACCUCACAAUGUGGUUGGCUGGUGCUGCCAGCCUCCUGGCCAAUCAGAGAGUGGGUGAUGAUGUAAGCACAUUACAACAGAAGCAAAAAGAGCUUAAGGACGUGGAAAAGGACCUUCAGACCAAAAGUGACUCAUUGAUGGAAACUAUGCGUUCAGUGGAGGAGUUUCUGGCCGAGCGAGGUGACAGUUUGAGUCCCGAAGAAAGGAACAAACUACAAGGGGCGCUAUCACAAAUGAAAGAGCAACACAACUUGCUUACAAACUCCAUCCAGUCCUCACUGGCUCAGGUGGACACUGCCAUUGUCACAACAGUUCAGCAGAACACACAGAGAGCAAAAGCGGAGGAGCAGAUGCAGGAGACGCAAGAAAAAAUAGACACACUGUUCAGAGAAUUGUCAUCGCUGGAUGAGUCGAAGAGGCGGUCGCUUGGGGGGACGGUGACUGACUCUGCAUUAUCUGGACCUUCAGAGAACACUCUCAGUUCGCACAGUGAUAUGCUUCAGACUGAGCUGCAGCAGUUACACGCUCAACAGGCUCACCUGCAGCAGGUGGCCCAAUCCGUCCGUUCCCUCCUGGAGCAACCAGACUCCAGUGUGCCGCCAGAGGAAAAACAGCGUCUGCGGGCCAAACUGGACCAGCUGCAGAGUCAACAUCAGGAGAAACUUCAGAGCUGUCAGGACAAACUGAGGCGGGCAGAUGCCCUGAGAGAAGAGCUCGCCAAGUUUGUACAGGAGCACGGGAGCCUGGGAACAUGGUUGGAUCAGAGCGAACAAGAGCUACGUUCGCUCGGGGAGGGAGAAACUGACGCAAAGGGCCUGAAAGACAGGAUAGAGGAGCACAAAAAGCUUGCAGAGGAUGUCAUCUGUCACAAAGCAGACCUGCGCUUUGUGACCAUCUCCGGCCAGAAAGUUCUUGACUCUGUCCAGGGGUCUCUGGAGAAGGGCAGUAGUACCGAUCCAGCUCUGGAGGACACAAGGCAGCUAGUGAGCGGAAAGCUCCAGGAUGCCACACAGCGCUACAAUUCAUUACACAGUAAGUCCUCAGAACUUGGCACCCGUCUCUCUGGUCUCCUUGAGCGAUACCAGCAGUACCAAGAUGAGGCUGGAUCCUUAGACUCAUGGCUGAGCGCUCAGGAGAAAAAUCAGAGCAUGUUUAAGCCCAGCGGAGAGCAAGCAGACCCUCAGGCGCUGCAGCGUGUGCUCAGUACCGUACAGCUUCUACAGGAUGAGCUGGCAGAACGUACGGUACAGCUCGAGAAGGUUAAGAGAGCAGGGAAAGAGCUGGCCAACACACAAGAGUCCCCUACUCUCAAAACAGCAGAUUUUAACAACACUACAGAUGCCUUGGAGAAGCGCUUUGAAACUCUGUCUGAUUCAGUGUCAAUAAGAGCCGAUCAGCUCCAGACGGCUGUUGCUCAGUCAGUCAGCGUUCAGGAGGGGCUGAAAGCACUGCUGGCGUGGUUGGACGGCCUGCCUUUAUCUUCCGGCCCAGUCCAACCUACUGCCCAAGCAGUUCAGGAAGCCCUGACACAAAAUCAGAAAAUACGUCAGGAGCUGCUUUCGAGGCAGGGCAGCGUAGAUGCCACGUUUGACUCUGUAACCAAGCUGUUGAAGUCUGCAGAUGCAUCAACCGCAUCUGGCCUGCAGGGGGCACUGCAGAACUUGACACAGCGCUAUACAGAUGCCCAGGCCAAGCAGACUGAAAGAGAGAAUGAAUUACGAGGACUUUUACCCAAGCUGGAGAGCUUUGAGCGUCAGAGCGCAGACCUCCUCAGCUUCACGCAGAGUCGAGAAAGAUCGCUGACCCCACUGGGACAACCAGACUGCAGUGUAGAGGACUACAGACAGACUGUAGAGGAGAUAAAAUCAGAAAUUGCUCAAGAGUCAAAUCAGUUGAAGUCUUUUGUCGACCUUGGCUCUGACCUGAGUCAAUCUGGGGUCCUCGCCAAUGUCCAAAGUCUUCUUGACACAACCAAAGAUGUUUCUGAGGAGUUUGCACGCCUGGAGUCCAGUGCCAAUGAGAGACUCAACUCCAUUCAAAGCUGCGGCCAGCAGCUGGCUCAGUUCCGCUCGCGCUCUGGCUCCCUCCUCAGGUGGCUGCAGGCAGUGCAAGAGCAGCUGCCUUCCAAAGAACCCAACCUCAGCACAGAAAGCCUGCAGAGACGAGCACAGCAGCUCAAAGAUCUGCUAACGGAAUGGGAGACCCAAGGAAGCCAAGUUCAGGAGUUGAACAAGACCAGUUCACAACUGGAGAGUCAGAUCAUUAGCAUCACAGCACCAAAGCACAAAGCUGGCGUUCCCCAGCUUAAUGGUUCCAGUCCCAGCAGUGUUAAUGGCAUUCACACCUGUAAAGACUUGACAGAGAUCCAAGUUGCAGUGGCCGAUGUGAACAGCAAGUAUGAACAGCUGGGCAGCGACUUAAAGGAGAGGAGGAGUAAACAAGAAGCCUCUCUCGACCUGCGACAGCAAGCCAGAAAGGGCGCUGAGGCUCUUGUCCAGUGGCUGGGCCCUCGUGAACACAGUCUGAUACAAGGGCAAACUGCAUCACCCUCACGCCCAGAUGUGGUGCGUGCGCAGGCCCAAGAGACCAAGGCUUUAAUCUCCGAGCUCACUGAGCAUUCUGGGAAAGUGGAGGAUCUCAAGAACACUCUAAAGCAGCUCAUUACAGAAAAUCCAGACUCUCCUGAAGCAGAGACGUGGAAACGUCAGCUUGAAGACAUAGACUCACGGUGGAAGAAGGCCAAUGAGACGGCGGCGCAAAGGCAAACUGAAUUGGAGGCGUGUGCUGAUAGGCUGGGCAGUUUUGCAACAGCGGCAGGUCAGCUUGGCCCAUGGCUGCGAGAGAAGGAGCUGAUGAUGAGUGUCCUGGGCCCGCUGAGUAUCGAUCCUAACAUGCUUAACACGCAGAAACAGCAAGUGCAGUUCAUGCUACGUGAGUUUGAGACCCGGCAACCCCAGUUUGACCAGCUGACACAGGCAGCGGAGGGAAUCCUCUCCCCGUCUGCAGAUGAAAGUUCUGGAGAUGGCAAAGACCUCGAGGAGGUGAGAAAGGAGCUGGCAGACAUUUCACGACAGUGGGAAAACCUCACCUCUCGCCUCACCGGCCGCUCCCGGCAAAUCGAGCAGGCGCAGGGGACCAGCGAGAGUUUUCAGGCUCUCCUCAGGGAACUGUCUCAGAGCGUGGCCGAUCUGGGCGAGAGGCUGGACGCGCAGGCAUCUCUAAGUGCUCAGCCCGAGGCGCUGCGCCGGAGGCUUCAGGAAACCGGGGAGAUCCGCGCUGAGCUGGAACAAAGACGGGGUCAGCUGACGCAGGCUGAGCAGUUGUGUGCUGAGCUCAGCUCGAUUGUGGCCGAACCGUAUCUUAGAGAUGAGUUGCACAAGAGACUGGAGAGCGUGAGCGGUCCUUUAAAGAGUUUAGAAGAACGAGCCGCUGAUGGUUUGUCUCAGCUACAAGCCGCCCUGUCCAGCACUCAACAAUUUCAACAGAUGUUCGAUGAGCUUCGUGGCUGGUUGGAUGGGCAGGCUGGGAGUCACAAAGCUGCUAUUUCCGAACCCCUCCCUUGCCAACCUGACGCCCUGAAGACCCUUCUCGCCCAACAGGAGGACCUCCAAAAAACCAUUGCACAGCAACGUGGGUCCUAUGAGCUCAUCCAGGCCGAAGGGUCAUCUCUUCUAGCGUCCCUCCCUACUGGAGAUGAACGAACUGCGUUACAGACUCGUCUAAACACCCUACGCCACGAUUGGGAUAGCUUGAACCAACAUACCACUGAGAAACACACUCAAAUAAAAGAGACACUAUCCCGUGCCGAGUUGUACCAGCAACAUCACGAUGAACUUGUACCCUUAGUGACGGAAUACGAGCAGAGGGAAGCAGAAAUCCACCUGUCGCUGGACCCCGCUGCUUUAGAUGAGGCUUUGCAAAAAGCUAGACAGUUGAACCUCGACUUGGAUCGUCGUCGCCCCCUCCUGGAUUCUUUGAACACCGCAGCGGAUCAGCUGCUCGACCAGGGCUGUGCUGGCGAAGAGACCGUGAGGGACGAGAAAGCCCAGUUUAACCGCAGUGUGGACGGCCUAUCCGAGCGACUCCAGGAGUGCACGGCCCAGCUGGAGGAGUUGGGAAGCAGGCUGAAGGAGUUUGAAGAUGGAAAACAGGCUGUGGAAAGACGACUCGAGGCAGCCAAACAUCAGAUCGAGGUGCAGGAGGCGCUGGGACCGCAAGCUUGUAGCAAUAAAAGCCUGGAGCGUCUGCGUAGCCAGCAGGAGUUGUUAAACUCAUUGCAGCCGCAGGUGGUUUACCUGCGGAAUUUGGCUCAGGGGUUGGUGCAGGAUGCGCCACAGAUCUCCGGUGCCGAAGAUGGCGGCCGGCGGCUGUUGCAGCAGGCUCUUGAUACGGAAAAGGACUUUGAAGAAGUUACAGAGAAGACUGAGCAAUGCUGCUCAUCGCUGGAGUCCCGUUUACAAGGUGUGGGAGAGGUCCAGUCAUGUGUGCGUGACGUGUUCUCCCGUCUCGCUGACUUGGACGAUGAGCUGGACAGUCUUAGCCCUGUUGGACGAGAUGCUGACUCCUUGGCCUCACAAGCUGAUGCUGUCAGAGGUUUUCUGAGCCGACUCAAUGCCCUCCGCUCUGAGCUCGAGAGUCAUGGCGGAGACUGCACCGCUAUGCUCCGUAGAGAGGGCAGCUCUCCUGAUCUUCUAGCUCUCAGGAGAGAGACUGAGGCCCUGAGCAGACAAGCGGGCAAGCUGGCUGAGAGGGGCCAGAACCGUCUGGCUCUCAUAGAAGCAGCAGAAGACCGUGUGAAGGAGUUCUACGCACGUCUGGCUGAGCUGCAGGGGUUGCUGGGACGGGCCGAAGAGGUGCUGAAUACACAGGCUGUGGUGGGGACGGAGGUGGAGGUCAUCAAACAGCAACUUCAGGAAUUCAAGGGUGUGGAAAGGGAACAGGUAGACCGCAUUCAACCUAAACUGCAGCAUGUCAACGCCGUGGGUCAAGGUCUCAUCCAGAGUGCAGCCAAACACACAGACACUCAGGGUCUGGAACAUGACCUGGAGACCACCAACCUGUGCUGGAACUCUCUCAACAAGAGGGUCGCCGAAAGAAUCGCACAGUUGCAGGAGGCCCUGUUGCAUUGUGGGAAGUUUCAAGAUGCACUGGAGCCCCUCUUGAGCUGGUUGAGUGACACUGAAGAGCUCAUAGCCAAUCAGAAGCCUCCGUCUGCUGAGUACCGUGUGGUGAAGGCGCAAAUUCAAGAGCAGAAGCUUCUGCAACGCUUGCUGGACGACCGCCGUGGGACGGUUGAAAUGAUCAGAGCGGAAGGAGAGCGUAUCGCCGCCACGGCUGAGACCCAAGACAGAGACAAAAUCCAGAGACAGCUAAAGAGUCUCGGAGAGAGAUGGACAAACCUGCUGGAAAAGGCCAGCGCCAGGCAACGGCAACUGGAGGAGUUGCAGGUGUUGGCGCAGCAGUUCCAUGAAGCCGUGGAGCCGCUCGGCGAGUGGCUGAGCGCCACAGAGAGACGCAUGAGCUCCGCCGAGCCAAUGGGAACCCAGACGUCCAAAAUCACACAGCAGAUUGUGAGGCACAAGGCUCUCCAAGAGGACGUGUCCUCUCGGGAGAAAGAUGUAGACCACCUCGAGACUCUCAGCCAAUCGCUGACACCGCUCAGCUGCGCGGCCGAUCUCGAUUGGCUGGGCGAACGGGUGUCGGCAGUGCUCAACGGGCACACGGAGCUGCGAGAUAGGUGCGAUCGGAGAGCGGCCAUGCUGGAGCAGGCCCUGGCCAAUGCACAGCUGUUUGGAGAGGAAGAGGUGGAGGUCCUAAACUGGCUAGCAGAGGUGGCUCAGAGACUGGCUGAUGUGUCGGUGCAGAGCUAUCAGCCGGAGCUGCUAGAGCAGCAACACAAACACACACUGGCUCUAAAUGAAGAGAUUAUCAGCCGGAAGAAGACCGUUGAUCAGGCCAUUAAGAACGGACAGGCUCUGCUCAAACAAACCACUGGUGAAGAGGUCUUGUUGAUCCAGGAGAAGCUCGACGGAAUUAAAAGCCGAUAUGCUGAGAUGACAGCGGGCAGUAGCAAAGCACUUCGUACUCUGGAACAGGCCCUUCAACUGGCCACUCGAUUCGCCAGCGCGCACGAUGACAUCAACCAGUGGUUGGAUGCGGUGGAGGCGGAGCUUGCAAACAUUGAGCCAGACACCACACCAGCCUAUCAAGACAGGCAAAAAGAACUGAAGUGUGUGUCUGCUGAGAAGCGGCUGGUUUUGGACACGGUGAAUGAGGUGGGCAGUGCCUUACUGGAUCUGGUGCCCUGGCGUGCACGAGAGGGUCUGGACCGCCUCGUCGCUGAUGCUAAUCAACGCUACCGCCAGGCUGAUGAGACCAUCACACAGAGAGUGCAGUUAGUGCAGGCUGCCAUCCAAAGGUCACAGCAGUAUGAGGAAGCAGUGGAUGCAGAGCUGGCCUGGGUCAGAGAGACAGAGAGGAAGCUGGGGUCUCUGGGUCCUCUCAGUCUGGAGGCCGAUGUGACUGUGGCUCAGCUCCAAGUGCAGAGAGCCUUCAACAUCGACAUCAUCCGUCACAAAGACACCGUGGACCAACUCCUAAAGACGCAAGAGGAUAUACUGGAGAGCUGCAGUGAAGAGCAGAGAGAUGCACUGAAGGUGAAGACGGAUUCUUUAAGUGCUCGAUAUGAAGCAGUGAAUCAGAGUCAUGCUGAGCGGUUCUCGGCUCUGGAGCAGGCUCAGGUGCUGGUGGCGCGGUUCUGGGAGACGUACGAGGAACUCGAACCCUGGUUGGGUGAGACGGAGACGCUGAACGGACAGCUGCCCCCUCCUGCCAUUGAUACAGAAACACUCCGACAACAGCAGGAACAGAUGAGGCUUUUGCGAGAGUCUAUAGCAGAGCACAAGCCGCACAUAGACAAGCUGUUAAAGAUCGGCCCACAGCUGGCUGAACUGAGCGCCCAGGAAGGGACAACAAUCAGACAGCGAUAUACAGACGCAGAGAAACGUUACAUCACCAUCAAGGAGGAGGUCAAAGGUCGUGCCACAGCCCUGGAUGAAGCUGUGUCACAGUCCGUGCAGUUCCAUGAUAAGAUGGACCCGCUGUUGGAGACCCUAGAAGGGGCGGUCCAGCGUUUACGUCAGCCUCCUCCUGUGGCGGCAGAGGUGGACAAGAUCCGCGAGCAACUGGCAGAGCAUCGGGCUACAGGACUCGAGUUGGACAAACACCUGCCUUCCUUCAGCGCCCUGUGCACCCGCGGAGAAGAGCUCAUCAGCCGCGCCCCUCACGACGAUCCUGCCGCCCAGGCGGUGCGUUCCCGACUCCUGCGGCUGCGCUCCUUGUGGGACGAAAUCAGGCAGAGAGCGGAGGAAAGAGAAGGAAAACUUCAGGAUGUUCUGGAUCUCGCCGGAAAGUUCUGGGCCGACAUGGCCGCUCUGCUGAGCACGCUCCGUGACUCUCAGGACAUUGUGAAAGACCUGGAGGAUCCUGGGGUGGAUCCGUCACUCAUAAAGCAGCAAAUAGAAGCAGCCGAGGCCAUAAAAGCAGAGACUGAUGGUCUGAGGGAAGAACUUGAGAUUGUGCGCAUGCUAGGAGCUGAUCUUAUCUUUGCCUGUGGAGAGACGGAGAAACCGGAGGUCAAGAAGACCAUCGAUGAAAUGAAUGUCGCCUGGGAGGGCCUGAACCGCACGUGGAGAGAGAGAAUGGAGAGGCUGGGGGAGGCCAUGACAGCUUCUGUUCAGUACCAGGAUGCUCUUCAGGGAAUGUUUGACUACCUGGACAACGCUGUCAUCAAACUUUGCGACAUGCCAGCCGUGGGGACCGACCUCAGCACUGUCAAACAACAGAUCGAGGAGCUCAAGCAAUACAAAGUGGAGGUGUACCAGCAGCAGAUUGACAUGGAGAAGCUUUGCCAUCAAGGAGAGCUAUUGUUGAAGAAAGUGACAGAUCAAACAGACCGAGACAUGAUACAAGAGCCGCUCAUAGAGCUACGCCACCUGUGGGAAAACCUGGUGGACAAGAUCACAAUCAGACAGCACAAGCUGGAGGGGGCUCUGUUGGCGCUAGGUCAGUUCCAGCAUGCUCUCUCUGAACUGCAGUCCUGGCUCAGUCACACUCACGCCACACUGGACACCCAGCGGCCCAUCAGCUCUGACCCCAAGGCCAUCGAAAUUGAGCUGGCCAAGCAUCACGUCUUAAGAAACGACGUGCUGUCUCACCGGGCCACGGUGCAGGCCGUGAACAGAGCAGGCUCUGAGCUGCUGGAGUCCAGCCCUGGAGACGAGAUCAACCACCUGAGAGACCAGCUGGACGAACUGAAUCGCAGCUGGAAAAACCUGCUGCUGAAGUCGGACGAGAGGCAGAAACUACUGGAAGCUGCUCUGCAACAGGCGGAAGGUUUCCAUGGAGAGCUGGAAGAGUUUCUGCUGUGGCUCAGACGCACAGAGAGUCAGCUGUCUGCUGCCAAACCCACAGGUGGCCUGCCUGAGACCGCCAGAGAGCAGCUGCAGCAACACAUGGAGCUCCAGGCUCAGUUGACCCAACGGGGUGAGCAAUACCAUCGACUACUGGACAAGGGAGAGUCAAUGCUGCUGGCCAGAGGAGGGGAGGACGCUGGACCCGGUACCACCCAGACCCAACAGAAUCUGGCUCUGCUGCAGAACAAAUGGGCCAGUCUUAAUGCCAAGAUGGACGACAGGAGGGCUAAACUGGACGAAGCCGUCUCGCUGGCGACCGGGUUCCAGACCUCCCUGCAGGAAACUAUAAACUGGCUGACUCAAGCCGAACAGACGCUUAACAUGGCCCAGCCGCCCAGCCUCAUUCUAGACACCGUACUCUUCCAGAUAGAUGAGCACAAGGUGUUUGUGAAUGAGGUGAACACGCACAGAGAGCAGGUUCUGGCUCUGGAGAAGGCCGGCUCUCAGCUGAGGUUCGCCAGUCUCAAACAGGAUGUGGUUCUCAUCAAAAACCUGCUGCUUAGCGUUCAGGCACGCUGGGACAAACUGGUUCAGAGGUCUCUGGACAGAGGACGUCACCUGGAUGAAGCCCGCAAGAGGGCCAAGCAGUUUCACGAGGCCUGGAGGAAGCUGACAGACUGGUUGGAGGAGGCAGAGAGCAGACUGGACUCCGAGCUGGAAAUCUCCAACGAGCCUGACAAGAUUAAAGUACAGCUUGCGAAACAUAAGGAGUUCCAGAAGGCUCUGGGGUCCAAACAGCCGGUGUAUGACACCACAGUGCGCUCUGGGAAGGCCAUGAGAGAUAAGGCCACGCUUCCCGCUGACACACAAAAACUGGACCACUUGUUGGGCGAGGUCCGUGACAAAUGGGAUACCGUGUGUGGAAAGAGUGUGGAGAGGCAACACAAGUUGGAGGAAGCUCUGUUGUUCUCGGGUCAGUUUGCAGAGGCUCUCCAAGCUCUUGUAGAUUGGUUGUAUCGUGUGGAACCUCAGCUUGCAGAAGAUCAGCCUGUCCAUGGAGACCUGGACCUGGUCUCCAACCUCAUGGACUCCCAUAAAGCCUUCCAGAAAGAGCUAGGCAAGAGGACCAGCAGUGUGCAGGCUCUGAAGCGUUCUGCAAGAGAACUGAUGGAGACGGGUCGGGACGAUACCGCCUGGGUCAAAGUUCAGCUCCAGGAGCUCAGUAACCGCUGGGAAACAGUCUGUGCCCUAUCAGUCUCAAAACAAACUCGCCUUCAGGAGGCUCUCAAACAGGCAGAGGAGUUCCGCACAGCUGUCCAGAUGUUGCUCGAGUGGCUGUCGGAGGCAGAGCAGACGUUGCGUUUCCGUGGCGUCCUGCCUGAGGAGGCGGAGACCCUGCAGUCGCUCCUGCUCACGCACCGGGACUUCAUGCAGACGGUUGAGGAGAAGAGGGUGGAUGUCAAUAAAGCUGCUGGCAUGGGUGAGGCCAUACUGGCCGUAUGUCACCCCGACUGCAUCACCACCAUCAAACACUGGAUCACCAUCAUCAGGGCACGCUUUGAAGAGGUGCUGACGUGGGCCAAACAGCAUGAGCAGCGGUUGGAGACAGCUCUGACUGAAGUACUCAACAAUUCUACACUACUGGAGGAGCUGUUGUCAUGGUUACAGUGGGCAGAGACCACACUGGUACAGCGUGACACUGAAUCACUCCCGCAGGACAUCCCUCAACUGAAGACACUAAUCACAGAGCAUCAGGUGUUUAUGGAAGAGAUGACACGGAAACAGCCUGAUGUUGACAAAGUGACAAAGACGUAUAAGAGGAAACCAGCAGAACAUCCCAGCAGUCUGUCGGAGAGGAGGGGAACCCGAAAACACCAGCAGCAGCAGCAACAACAGCAGCACUCAGUUCAGGUAACCGGCGGCAACCCUCGCCUCACCCAGCUCUGCUCCCGCUGGCAACAAGUGUGGUUGCUCGCCCUCGAUCGCCAACGCAAGCUCAAUGAUGCCCUCGACAGGCUAGAGGAGCUUAAAGAGUUCGCCAACUUUGACUUUGACGUGUGGAGGAAGAAAUAUAUGCGCUGGAUGAACCACAAGAAGUCUCGCGUCAUGGACUUCUUCAGACGCAUCGACAAGGACCAGGAUGGAAAGAUCACCCGACAGGAGUUUAUCGACGGCAUCUUGGCAUCAAAGUUUCCUACCAGUAAACUAGAGAUGACAGCAGUUGCUGAUAUCUUCGACAGUGAUUGUGAUGGCUACAUCGAUUAUUAUGAGUUUGUGGCAGCUCUGCAUCCCAACAAAGAUGCUUACAGACCCACAACAGAUGCUGAUAAAAUCGAGGAUGAGGUCACCAGACAAGUGGCCCAGUGCAAGUGUGCCAAGAGGUUUCAAGUGGAGCAGAUCGGAGAGAACAAGUACAGGUUCUUCCUUGGGAAUCAGUUUGGAGAUUCGCAGCAGCUGCGUCUCGUGCGUAUCCUACGCAGUACCGUCAUGGUGCGGGUUGGAGGUGGGUGGAUGGCGCUGGAUGAGUUCCUGGUGAAGAACGACCCAUGUAGAGUGCAACAUCCUGGACUUAAAAUCCUCCGCUCUGACUCCAGCAGCUCCAUAUCAUCUCGCAUAGUGACUGUCACUCCUGGCUAUUUCUGCUGCAGAGCCCGUGGACGUACCAACCUGGAGCUUCGGGAAAAGUUCAUUCUUCCAGAGGGAGCCACGCAGGGUCUGGCGGCCUUCCGGUCCCGCGGGCGACGCUCCAAACCUUCGUCGCGCACAGCCUCUCCCACCCGUUCGUCUUCAUCGGCAUCGCACAGCGCCCACAGCUGCGCCUCGCUGCCCUCCGCCCCUGCCACGCCCACAGCAUCUUCAAGGUCCUCCCAAUCCCAAUCUCGUGGCUAUGCCAAGCCCUGGCUGGCACACAGUAAAACUCCAACACCAACCAAGUGCCAGUCCUGCCCAGAGCACGGCCAGACCCCUGGGCAUGAGGGAGGCUCCUCGUCCAAGCUUAAGAGACCAACUUUCCAUUCCAGCCGUGGCUCCUUGACUGGCGAGAACGGUGGAGCCACACCUACCACUGCUAAACCUGGACGCUCCGACACUAAGCGCACUCCGUCCUCUACGAGCGGCUCGGCCAGCCGAGCGGGAAGCCGCGCUGGAAGUCGAGCCAGCAGUCGAAGAGGAAGCGACGCUUCUGACACUUCCGAGCUCAUGGAGACCCGCUCAGCUUGCUCCGAUACCUCAGACACCCCUCGCCGGCCCGGGGCCAAACCCUCCAAAAUCCCCACCAUCUCCAAGAAGACCCCAAGCCCCAAAACUCCAGCGGGAAAGAAAUGAAGUCUCCACACAAAUCUACAUAACUGAGGCGAUAAACCAGCAGGAGAGAGACAACACCUUCCUUCUCUCGCCCUCCUCAUACUUACCUUUAGAGGUGAAUGAGAUAGGACCAGACUCGAACCCGUCCGUCAGUUUGUCCACCAUCCCAAUAAAUAAUUACAGUACCAUAAAUGCUGCCUUACUUGUGUUAUACGUCACGUCCUUAACGUUUGGUUUUCUUGAAUGUGCGGUGGAGUUCGACAUGAACUGACAUAUCUUUAGUGUACACUAGAGGACGGUACAGAGUAGACGGCUGUCACUUUUGCACUGGGGGUUUUCUCACCACUAUGAAUAUGCAACCACCUGUCACAGACAUGCAUGAUCGUGGUUUUCACUUUGGAGAUUAUUUGGUUGGAGAAACACCCCCUCCAUGUGUACGCAGACACUCGGCCUCUCACCUGACUACGUCUGCCACUUAAAACAAGAGGAAAUCAAAUGGAAAACAUCCUCUUCAGAAGCGCUGCACUUGGGACAUUUUGGACUUGUUUGUGUGUAUGUGAGCGUUUGAUAGUUUCUUUCAUGGUUAACAUGGUGAUACGGAGAAGAAAUUAAGGGGUCUUCACGGGUCUCUUUCUGCUGUUUUUAAGACACCCCUUAAGCGCACAGCAGAUACGUUUCACUCGCUUGCAUCGACUCUUCUCCAGUGUGUACAACCCAUGCAGUCCUGCGUACACUUCUAGUUGUGUGAUAUUUUAUUUCUGUUCGGCUUGUUUGUUACAGACAUCAUGUUACAGAGCUUUUUUCCUCAGUAUGCAAAAACAUUUGUGUAUGUUUGUUUCAUGCUUAAUUUAUAAUCCUCGUUUCUUUUCUAGAGUAAGAAACUGUAUUUAUUUGUGAAUUGCAGUAUCGUAUCAACUCUGACUAGUAUUAAUACAACCGGAAUCACGUCUUUUUUACUAGGUAAACAUCUACUCCCGACAUGAAGAAUUUCUUUCUGAUGUUAACUGACCAGGAAGCUUAAUGAUUUCAAUGGUGGCCUUUUCGCCAGCGACUGCACACUUUAAAUGACGUCAAAAGUGGCUUCCUGCUUCUUUUGUGAGAGAAGCAUACAGAGUAACGGAUUACGGGGACGCCAGUGCAGCCCCUGUUAAACAGCGCUUUGAAUUUUGUCUUGUCUUUGACAAGUUGAAGCAUAUGAAACCUGAUGAAAGGUAUUUUUAUUUAUUUAUUGUGUCGGCGGGGAGGGGGUGGUAAGGGAUGUGAAAGGAUCCACCUUUUGAUUGUUACUUUUUUGACAUGACUGAGAGAAAAAUGGGUGCAAUUAUGUAAAAGUACAGAGGUUAUGAUCAUAAAAUCUUUUUUUGUUCUCUUUUGUAUUAAAAUAAUGCUUGCAGUCAAA